GGGCUUGCAUUUUUAUGUGAAAAGAUCACAGGGAAUCAUCAAGAAAACCUUUAAAAAUUUACCAUGAGCGAGUUUCCUUUUCAACAAUACAACGAUCUGUCGUUUCAGGACCCUUCAGUUUUCGAACAAGACUCAGGAAUUCUUGAAGAUCUGCUUGUCGAUAAAUAUUUACCUGCGAUGGACAAUCAUAAUUUUCCAAUUCCUACACGCUCAAAAAAGAGGCAAAGAAAACCCUCUUCGGGUAAUCAAGUAAAGGAGCUGGAUGGGAUUAGUGCUGAAAACAAGAAAAAGAAACUUCUGCAUAGAGAUUUGGAAAAGCAAAGAAGGCAAGAAAUGAAAAAGCUUUAUGCUUCACUUCGAUCACUUCUUCCUCUUGAAUAUAUCAAGGGGAAGCGUGCAGUAUCAGAUCACAUGCUCGAGGCUGUGAAUUACAUAAAAGAUAUGCAGAAAAGUAUCAAAGAACUGAGCUUGAGAAGAGACAAGCAAAAGAAAUUGUAUACUUCAGGCUCCCUUUGUGGCGAGGAUGAAAACUCGAACAUUAAUUUGUUAACUAAUUGUGUGACAGUGAGUCCCUGCCGAGAGGGAUUUGAGAUUUUGAUAAACACCAGCUCCAAAGGGGAACUGGUUCCUCUAUCAAGUGUGCUUGUGGAAUUGGUUUUGAGAAGGCUCAAUGUGGUAAGCUGUGUUUCUACAAGAACAAAUGAUCGAAGGUUCCUCCACAGAAUUCAGUUUGAGGCCAUGGCCGAUGAUCUCACGUUUAUUGAUCUAUUGGCGCUGGAAAAGAGACUGUUUAACGUGAUUAACCUUUGUUGAGUGAAAUUGGACUUUGAUUGAGUUCAAAAUUUGUAUUGUUUCAAGACGUGUUAUGUAGAAAAGAUAAAGAUCAACAAACUUGGAAACUAUCUGUUGGAGUUCCAAUCUUUCUUAGCAAGUUUCAUUAAAGCUGCUCAAUACUUUAUCAUUGCAUUUCAAUUUCUUCCACAAUUUGACUUUCUGUUUGUAUCUUGGCUUGCAACCCUACUGUAGGGGGAUGAGAAAAACUCUGAUAAAUUUGUG